GGGAAGAGGAGCGCCAAACUCAGUCCUUCUCUCAACACACACACACAGAACAUACAGUUUCUGUCUUUCAACAUCAGGAGACAGUCAUCAUCAUGUGGAUCUCUGUGUUUCUGAUCAGCUCAAUCCUUCACAUUACUGCAGGAAAUGAAGGCUGUACUCUGUCAGGCACUAACCAUCCACUGCAGGAGAUCACUGCAUUCACAGGCCAGUCUGUUCUCCUGCCCUGCUCCUGUACUGUACGUCAGUUUGAUACUCCCAGACUCACAUGGACUAAAUUAACCCUAAGUCAGGAGCCUGUGAUAUUAACCCAGAGUGAUCUCUACAUAGACAGAGUGAAGCUGUUUAAUAGAAAAUGUCCUGGGAACCUCUCUGUCCUCCUCUCACACCUCACCCAGGAUGAUCAGGGAGAUUACAGAUGUACAAUCGAGGAUAGAGAAAACUGGGACAUAGCGAGGGACAUCAGACUCUAUGUUAAAGGCUGCAGUUUGUCAGACUCUAACCGACUGGAGAUAGUUCAAUCCCCGGGCCAGUCUGUGCUCCUGCCCUGCUCCUGCAAUGAACUCCAGGCUAAACCUCAUGGACUGACAUGGACUAAACUCCCCGCUAUACCAUUAACCAAGAGUGAUCUCUACAGAGACAGAGUGGCGAUGUUUAAUAAUGAGAGCUCUCCAGGGAACCUCUCUGUCCUUCUCUCAUUCAUCACUAAGGAGGAUCAGGGGUGGUACAGGUGUACAAUCAACAACCAAGACAUUAGAGACAUACAUAUCACUGUUAAAGAGACAGAUGGAAAAAAACACCAUCACCAAAGACCAGAGACUACAAAAGCACUACCAACAACUGCUUCUAAUGGAACAGACACAGUGAGGACUUCAGGAGAAGCUCCAUCUGCAUCCUCUCUGCAAAACAAUACAAUCCAAUACGUCUUAAUGGCUGUUCUACCAGUCAUACUGAUCAUCGCUGGAAUGGCUUUGUACAUAUACAAGAGAAACAAAAGUAUGUAUCCACAAUUAACUAACCCUAACCCUAAAAAAAGCAAUGUGGAAUAUGGGAUUGGUUCAUUUUGUGUAUUAAACUUGUUUGUUUUUUUAUCCCAGGAAAGAACACCACAGAGGAUAAUAGUAGUGGGAGCAAAACAGGAGAGAAUAAUGAUGAGGUUAAUGAAUCAUUUAGAAGCUCUAUCACAGUGAGAGUGAUGGGAAAUUAAGAUGGAAAGAAUACAUCCCACUUAUCAUUGUGUUGUUAAAUGGUUAAGGGUUCAAAGUUACUGUAUGUGUGCCUUAUUUUCUGUCUCCUAGGAUGAUUCUACUGCAAUGUAUUCCACGGUUGCGGAUAGAAACACUGGUUUAGGCAACAACACAACAGCACUCGGUGCACCAGAUGAUCCCAAUGCAAUGCAUGCUACGGUUCAGCACAGAAACGCCAACCAAGAGGAUACAACUACACCACUCAGUGCUCCAGAUGAUCCCUCAGUGAUAUACUGCACCAUUGUCCACAUGACAGGAAAAGGGAAAGCAGCAGUGAGUCUGGAGAGCAGUGGAGAAAUAGAGUACGCCAGUAUCAAGACAGGCAGAUCCUCCUAGAGCCACUAUACAAGGCUCACAGCCGUAUAAUACAGAGAGAUCUCAUACAGUAUUGUGCCCAGAAUCAUGAGGCUUUAUCUGGCACACUUUUUAUUUAUUUAUUUUAUUUUACCGUUAUUUUACCAGGUAAGUUGACUGAGAACACGUUCUCAUUUGCAGCAACGACCUGGGGAAUAGUUACAGGGGAGAGGAGGGGGAUGAAUGAGCCAAUUGUAAACUGGGGAUUAUUAGGUGACCAUGAUGGUUUGAGGGCCAGAUUGGGAAUUUAGCCAGGACACCGGGGUUAACACCCCUACUCUUACGAUAAGUGCCAUGGGAUCUUUAAUGACCUCAGAGAGUCAGGACACCCGUUUAACGUCCCAUCCGAAAGACGGCACCCUACACAAGGCAGUGUCCCCAAUAACUGCCCUGGGGCAUUGGGAUAUUUUUUUUUAUACCAGAGGAAAGAGUGCCUCCUACUGGCCCUCCAACACCACUUCCAGCAGCAUCUGGUCUCCCAUCCAGGGACUGACCAGGACCAACCCUGCUUAGCUUCAGAAGCAAGCCAGUAGUGGUAUGCAGGGUGGUAUGCUGCUGGAUAACUGUAAAUAUAUUUCACUCUCCAAUAACACAUGUUUAGUGGUUAGCUGGGCACAGGAAAUCAGGGGCGGGGUUACCUAAGCUAACAUAUGGAAUUGUUUUAAGAUGGUCAUACUAUGUAUCGUUUAGCUACUUGAUAUUCUUUUUUUUUUUGUGAAGUAGAGACAUGCAACGUGCCUUAAAUGGCUUGUGAUUCACCUAGUUCCCUUUUUAUAUUGCUGUUUUAUAUUGCUGUUUUGUAAUAGAGACGGAUGACUUUAGCCAUUUUUUUGAAAAAGGGACAUGUGGUUUGAUAUGUAUAGAAACAUCUUUCGCAAUCACUAUUGCAAGAGGUUUCAUUGGUGGCUAUUCAAAUUGAUAUAUCACCCAUUUUAACAUAUGAAUCUUAUAUUUCUGCCAAAUAGCUGGUACACCUUGAAGAAUUCAUAAUUCUUGAAGUUGACAACAAAAAUGUAAAAUGUUUGUAUUUUUAAGCCUAAGUUUUUUACAGACAACUUUCUUUGUAAAAACAACCUAUUGUCGAAACUAGUCAGUUAGCUACUUCCUCUUUGGUCUAAUGGACAAAUCACAAAUUCUUGUAUUCCUGAACAAGAAAAGCACUCUAGCAAUGUCAUCAACUGAAGCAUACCCUUUUAAAGUGCACAACUAACAGGGAAUGUCAUGUUAAAGUGUGUAUGUUUCUGUACAGACAGUAUCGCCAUUUGACAAAGUCAGAUUUUCCAAUGACUUACUUCAGCACACUCCCACAGACCACAAACAGAUGGCCAUCUACAGCAUCUUUUGCAAUAUACAAAUAUACAGAUAUUUCAGGUUUUUUUUUAAAUUGCUAAAAACCUGUUUUUUCCUUUGUCGUUAUGGGAUAUUGUGUGUAGAUUGAUGAGGGGAAUAAUUAUUUAAUCAAUUUUAGAAUAAGGCUGUAACGUAACAAAAUGUGGAAAAAGUCAAGGGGUCUGAAUACUUUCCGAAUACACUGAUCAGAUCUGUUUUUGAUAUGUCCUCAUUCUCAGCACUAACAUGUAUGGACUUUUCCUUUUAAAGAUGAUAAUAUUAACAUGCUGAUGUAGUAGACGCUUUUAUCCAAAGUGACUAACACAAAGUAAAGAUAUUUAGUAGCCUGUAUGUAGCCCAUGUUUUUGCCUGUCUCUUAAACAUUGUGUGGAAUCUUUAUUAUUGGGUUAUUAUCCAUAGCUACUAAGUUGUACCAUGUUACGGAGUACAAGAAAUACAACAGGAAAUGGCAAGAUGGAACGCUAACUCCAACAGGGGAUUAAUGGUGAAGACCCACCAGAACAGACACAAGUCAAACACGGUGAGGUGAUUUGACCAAUAAAAUGAAAAGGAGAGGGUAGAACAUUGAGAAGAGAUUAGGAUUAAACAUAUGGAGAAGAAGGGGGUUUGGUGGUAAUAAUGUGUUCCAGGCAUUUGUUCUUGCUGAGCGUGGUGUGUGCUCCCACCUGCUGGAGAUACAUAGGUCUCCAAUGCCAUGCAGUAGGUACGCCAGUCCUUGCCUAUGGCCAAGAAACCUACAGAGCAGAGCAAUUAUAGUAAAUUAUUGCACUUCUAACCAAUAAAGAACAUUAUUGCAAAGUUUGAGACAAUUCUGUUUCAAGAC